CACACACGUCAUCAACACGAGCCCCGCGACUUGAUUGUUGGUCUUCAGCUCUAUAUGAUUUGAGAACCCCAGUUAGCAGCAGCAGCUAACAAGCAGCUAACAAAGCUACUGAGAGACCAACUCUCGUCUCGGGUUGACUUAUUCGCUAGAACGUAGCCGGCUUUUGGAUUUCCCUACACCUGCAAACAUGGUCAACGUACACAAAGGUGUCCUCGUUGAAUGUGAUCCUGCCAUGAAACAGUUCCUCCUCUACCUGGAUGAAAAGAUGGCUUUGGGGAAGAAGUUCAUCCUGAAGGACCUGGACGACACACACGUGUUUAUCCUGGCAGAGGUGGUUCAGAUCCUUCAGGAACGAGUCGGAGAACUCAUGGACCAGAAUUCAUUCCCCAUCACGCAGAAAUGACAUAACUGUCCAAUCUUGGACUUGUGACUGUUUCAUCUCGGUUAUAAUAAGUGCUGCAAUGUUUUAAAUGCAGUCCCUUAUUUUUGUAAUAUUUUUUCUUAGAUUUUGCUACUUGGUUGCACACUGGCUUACGUUGUAGGGUCUUAGUUGCGUCCAAUAUAUAUAUAUAAUAAAAAUUGCUGAAAUGUA